UAGUCUGGUCCUAAGGAAUGAUCCCCCCCAGGGGUCAGAUCAAGACAGAUGGUUUGUUACUGCUUCUGAGACUCUAAAGCAGGGGUGUUCAGCCUGUUUUCUUUUCUGCCAUACUCGAAAAGAAUAAGAGUUGUCUUGGACCACACAUUAAAUACACAAACUGAUGAGCAGAUAAAGGGUCUAUACAUACUUUUUGUGAUAUUCAACACCACAGAUAAGCAAAAAGGGUCUUCAUAAAAUCAGCAUGAGGCCUGUGGGCUCCAACUCUAAAAGUGACCAAGCCUCUUACAGAGGGAGGGAGGGACAGUCAGGAAGCCCCACUCACCUGUAAGCCCUGCCUGCGCUGAUACUAGGAUGGGCUUUGGGGGAAGAGAGACUCAUCACUCCCACAUACCUUUGUAAGGCAGCCAGAAAUAACUGCUCACACCUUUGGCUGACACCCCUAAGCAGACUGGCUCUAGUUUACAAGGGGAUGUUUAAAACAACUCCAAACAAAUUCAUAGCCCCUUAGUGCCUGAAAAAUCCAAGUAUCACUGCCUGGUGCCUACCCUUGAGGGAGGAACCCCUGGCGUCAUGAAGCCCACCCUGAAAAAAAGUUUGUCUGCAAAGUACUCCUAGCCCUGUGCUUGUUCCCGGCCUGUUGGGCAGGCCCCAGCUGUCUUCCUCCUCGUCCUCGGCAGGGCUGAUUACUGCAGCUCAGUGAUGAGGCAGGGAGGCUGGGAGGUGUCCCCUGCGUGGGGGUUCUGUUGUUUUUGUAACCAGUGCCAGCUUUGAGUGGCUAGUGAGUAAGAGCCUCUUCCUCUUCCCUCUGGGCUGCCCUCCUCUCCCGGACCAGUCUUGUGUCCGGCCUGCUUCAGACAUGGUGGUAAGCAAGGGCGGCUGCCUGGCUCAGAUGCUCCCCAGACUUGGGACCCAAAACUCCAGAAGGCAACAAAAUGUAGAUGUGUGUGCAGACGUGGGCCGUGCUGAGACUGGUACCUCUGAGACAGUCAGCCCAGAGCCGCUCGCCUCUGGCCCCCAGCACAGGAAGGCCGCGUGGGCAGCAGGGGUUAAACUUCGGCUGAAGCACAGGCGCAGCGAGCCUGCAGGCCAGCCCCCCUCCUGGCACACAACCAAAUCUGGGGCGAGCCAACCCGAUGCCAGCAUGAUGCAGAUAUCUCAGGGCACGGUGGGCCCUCCUUGGCACCAGAGCUGCCACUCCAGCUCCUCCACGAGUGACCUCUCCAGUUACGACCAUGCUUACCUGAGGCGGAGCCCUGACCAGUGCAGCUCCCAGGGGAGCAUGGAGAGCCUGGAGCCCAGUGGGGCAUACCCCCCCUGCCAUCUCCUUUCCCAGGCCAAGUCCACUAGCAGCAUUGACCAGCUCAGCCACUUCCAUAGCAAGAGAGACUCUGCUUACAGCUCUUUCUCCACCAGUUCUAGCAUCCUAGAGUACCCACCCCCUGGUGUCUCCAGCCGGGAACGCUCGGGCUCCAUGGACACUACUUCUGCUCGAGGUGGCCUCCUAGAGGGGAUGAGGCAGGCAGACAUCCGCUAUGUCAAGACAGUCUAUGACACCCAGAGGGGAGUUUCAGCAGAAUAUGAGGUGAACUCUUCGGCCCUGUUUCUUACAGGUAGGGAGGCCCGAGCAUCAGCAGGUGGUCAGGGCUACGAUAGAUGGUAUCAUGCUCCUCGGGGCAAGGGAGCGCCGCCACCGUCCUGGAGCAAGCAGUGCCCACGUUCUUUGGAUUCUGCCACUGACAACCUGCCUCCUAAAGUUGGCGCACCCUUGCCUCCAGCUCGGAGUGACAGUUACGCAGCCUUUCGACACCGCGAGCGGCCCAGCUCCUGGUCUAGCCUCGAUCAGAAACGCUUCUGCCGGCCUCAGACAAACCCUUCAGGCUCCCUAAAAUGUCCUCUGACAGAGGAACAGCUGCACACAGUGCCAGAGAAGAGCCCCGAGAGCAGCCCCCCAGCGAAGCCCAAACAUGGCUACCCCCAGCAGGCCCCCCCUGGCCAGCCUCUGCUGCCCACUGGCAUCUACCCUGUCCCUUCUGUGGAGCCACACUUCGCCCAGGUGCCUCAGCCCUCCAUGACUAGUAACGGGUCGCUCUACCCUGCGCUGGCCAAAGAGAGUGGCUAUAUAGCACCCCCAGGGGCUGGCAACAAGGUGGCUGCCUUUGAUGAGAACGGGAACCACAGCCUACCUAGCAGGCCAGGGGUUGCCUUCUACCAGCCCCCAGAACAUGACUCCCUGUCCCCAGAGGAGAGGAAACCAGGAACUACAGCCAAGUGUGUCCCCUCCAAAGUCCCUUUUUCUUCAGUGCCUGUAAACGAGGAGGAAACCUCCCUGAAGAGACAUCUCACACUUCCCCAAGGCAACAGCCUACAUCCCAGCGAGAGAGAACGCACCUCUAGCAGCAAACCAUGCCCCAAUCACCACAGCCUCAGAUCCCCACAGGCCUGGCAAAUGGGCAAAGACAAGAGAUUGUCCAGGCUCUCAGAGCCCUGGGAGGGGGACUUCCAGGAACACCACAACACCAACCUCCCUCGGAGGCUGGAGAGAGAAGGCCUGUGCCAGAGCCUGUCCAGCAACUUCGGCAAGACCAAGUCAGCCUUCUCUUCUCUCCAGAACAUUCCCGAGAGUCUAAGAAGGCAAAAUGGCCUGGAGCUGGGAGGGGGAGCCCAGGAUUCCCAGGGGGACAGGCCCACCAGUGCAGUCACUGCCAAUGCGGACGACUCUGGAAGGAAAACCUUUCCUGACCGCAGGAGCCAUCUGGAUGGGCUGGUGUCCUAUCCGGCACCCGAGGGACAAGCCAGUACCUGGACUUCUUUGCACAGUUCAGACCCAAGGUACGAAGAGCUGCCCAGCCCCCUGCCCCAGCAGUCGCCGGGCCUGGGCUGGCGGGGCCUCAGCUCAGGCAGCGCCCCGCACGGGAGGCCGCACUGCUCCGUGCUGGAGAAGGUGUCCAAGAUCGAGCAGCGAGAGCAGGGGAGCCAGAGACCCCUGGGUGUGGGCAGCUCCGGUUACGACCAUAAAUACAGGCCCAGCAGGACAGGCCCAACUUCCAAAACUUCCGGGAACGACUUCAAGGAUAUGAAAGCCGCUACCCAGUUCCCCGAGUCCGCCGAACCCCUGUACAAUGGGGAGCCCAGGUCGGAAGAGGCAACCUGGCAGCCCUGCGGCCAGCAGCACAGGAAGGCUGCCAAUGGCGGCCCUGGCGCUCUGCUCAGGGGCGGCGAGCCCCAGAGGCCUGACAGUCGCCUGCUCCGUAGCCAGAGCACCUUUCAGCUCUUCCGCGAGGCCGAGCAGGAGGUCGAGUGGCCGGAUGACAGCCCCGCCACGCCCGAGUCGCCCCUGCUAGAUGCCCCCUUCAGCCGCGCCUACCGGAACAGCAUCAAGGACGCGCAGUCCCGCGUUUUGGGGGCCACCUCCUUUCGUCGCCGCGACCUGGAGCUCGGGGCACCCGUGGCGUCCAGGCCCUGGCGGCCACGGCCCUCCUCGGCCCACGUGGGGCUGCGGAGCCCCGAUGCGCCCGCCGCGUCGUCCCCGCACACCCCGCGGGAGCGGCACAGCGUCACCCCCGCCGAGGGCGACCUGGCCAGGCCUGCGCCGCCAGGGCCGCGCAGAGGGGCGCGCCGGCGCCUGACCCCCGAGCAAAAGAAGCGCUCGUACUCGGAGCCCGAGAAGAUGAACGAGGUGGGGGUCUCCGAGGAGGCAGAGCCGGAGCCGCGCCCCGCCGAGAACAGCGUGGCCGACCAGCGCCGCGCCUUCGAGCGCGAAGGCAAGACCUGCUCCGCGCUCAGCCUGUCGGGGCCCGAGCUGAAGCAGUUCCAGCAGAGCGCCCUGGCCGACUACGUCCACCGCAAGACCGGCAAGCGGCCCGCCUCCGCCGCCGGCUACGGCCCCUGGGAGCCCGGACUGCGGGAGCGCGCCCAGAGCACCUACCUCCACCCCGGCCCCGCAGCGCCCGAGGGCCCCGGCCUGGCCUCCGCCUCCAGCCUGAGCUCCCUGCGGGAGCCCAUCCUGCAGCCCCGCAGGGACGCCGCCCUCCUGCCCGCCAUCGCGGUCACAGACAGUCGAUGGGCUCCCCGAGAUCGCAGCAGCUCUUUCGCCGGAGCUCGCCUCGUGGAACGACGGCGCAGGGACCCCCAACCCUCCAGGGAGAUGCUCAACGGAGCUAAUGAACCGAGGAGUGCUCCGAGGGUGGAAAGGACCCCUAGGGAGCCAUGCUCCUGGGGGGCAGCGGCCAGGAGGGCCGGGAAGUCCAUGUCGGCUGAGGACCUGUUGGAGCGCUCGGACGUCCUGGCAGUCCCUGUCCACGUGAGGUCCAGGUCAUCGCCCACCGCAGACAAAAAGCACCAGGAUGUUCUUUUCCGGGAAGACAGCGGCUUUAGCCUUAUGGAGGGUCCAUGUCCCAUGACUGGCCCUGGACCUUGGUCACUCAGUUGUUCAGAAAGAAGCAGAGGAGAGACACCGCUGCUCCUACACCAGCCUCGCCCUCACUGGGGUUCCUCAGUUCCUAGUGAUUGUCCCGGAACCCUGGACCAUCAGAGGCCAGCCAGCAGGACAAGCUGCUCCAGACCGCUGCCAGCAGGGAUACACGGGCAUCACCCAGACAGCAGGGCCGAGCCACUGACUUCACUUGGCUCCCCCCUGCCUUCACCUGCUCCCCCCAGCUACUGCUCACAGGCCACUGCUGACCAAGGCGGAAGGGAUGGUCAGGCGGGGCGACAGCCUCUUCGGCCCUGCUCCCCUGCUGGGACCCACAGAAGCAAUGGUCACACCCUGGCCCAGCCUCCCAGCCCAGGAGGCUGUGAGGUCAGCAGCCCUGAGGACGGGGGGAAGAAGAGGGUCUUGCUGCCUCAGCGGCCUCUUGCUUCUCGGGUGAAGUGGGCCCCUGUGGUCAGAGAGGACAGCCCUCCUGCGGAGCCCUCGGCCUCCACGUUCACAAACCUGAAGCACUGUACACAGCGGCCGAGUCUCUCCAGUUCGUGCAGCACUUCGGACCCAGACACACCUAUUGGGGCUCCCGGCGCUCCGGGGCGGAUCUCCCUCCGGAUAUCGGAGUCAGUCCUGCGGGAGUCCCCACCACCUCGAGAAGAUGAUGACGACGAGGUGUUUGUGAGGGAUGUGCACCCCACAGCCACCUCCAGCCCCACAUUUGAGGCUCUUCCGCCACCUCCACCUCCUCCCCUGAGCCAGGAGACCCCAGCGGGGAGCUGGGACAGCUUUCCCCUGCCUCCUCCCCCAGCUGUGUGUGAGGUGCAGCUGGACGAGGAGGUCCAGGAGCCACAGCCAGCCAGCAGCCCCAGCAAAUUUUCCAAGGUGACAAUUGUGAGGGAAAGGCAUGUGCCUGGUGCAGCCCACCUGGUAGGAGAUCAGAUGCUGGCUUCCAGACCUCAGACUUCCGUCAAGGUCUCAGAGGCCAGCGAGUCCAAGCCACCCUUCCUCGUGGGAGUUCAGCCUCAACCUGCCGGGCCUCUCAGCAAGCAGCCAAGCCUGGGACAGCUGGCUCCCGUCUGGACUCAAAGCCUCAUCUACGAUUCUGUCAGUGGAGGAACUCAGGGUUUAGAAAAGAAAGUCAGUUCUGAUCCUCAGAAGAGUUCAGAAGACAUCAGAACAGAGGCUCUGGCCAAGGAAAUUGUCCACCAAGACAAAUCUCUGGCAGACAUUUUGGAUCCAGACUCCAGAAUGAAGACAACCAUGGACCUGAUGGAAGGAUUGUUUCCCCGAGAUGUGAACUUGCUGAGGGAAAACGGCAUAAAGAGGAAGGCCAUGCAGGGAGCUGUCAGCUUCCCAGGACGUGAGGGCAAGAGGAGUGAAGAAAAGGAGGCGGCCAGCGCACUGGUCAGCUGCCCUGCCUACUACAGCGUGUCUGCCCCGAAGGCCGAGCUGCUGAACAAGAUCAAGGAGAUGCCGGCAGAGUUGAAUGAGGAAGAGGAGCAGGCAGAUGUCAACGAAAAAAAGGCCGAGCUCAUCGAAAGCCUCACCCACAAGCUCGAGAUCCUCCAGGAGGCCAAGGGGAGCCUGCUCAUGGACAUCAAGCUCAACAACGCCCUGGGGGAGGAGGUGGAGGCCUUGAUCAGUGAACUCUGCAAACCCAACGAGCUCGACAAGUACAGGAUGUUCGUAGGGGACUUGGACAAGGUGGUGAACCUGCUGCUGUCCCUCUCGGGGCGCCUGGCCCGGGUUGAGAACGUCCUUAGCAGCCUUGGAGAAGAUGCCAGUAAUGAAGAAAGGAGCUCCCUCAAUGAGAAACGGAGGAUCCUGGCUGGGCAGCACGAGGACGCCCGGGAGCUCAAGGAGAACCUGGACCGGAGGGAGCGCGUGGUGCUGGACAUCCUGGCUACUUACCUGUCCACAGAACAGCUCCAGGAUUACCAGCACUUCGUGAAGAUGAAGUCUGCACUCCUCAUCGAGCAGCGGAAGCUGGAUGACAAGAUCAAGCUGGGACAGGAGCAGGUCAAGUGUCUACUGGAGAGCCUGCCGUCCGAUUUCAUUCCUAAGGCGGGGGCCCUCGCCCUGCCCCCAGACCUUGCCAGCGAAGCCACACCUGGCGGGGGCUGUACUUUCAGCAGCACUUUGCCAACAUUAUCCUCUCCACUUUAACCUCUUCAGAAGUACCCAACCAAAAAUCACCGUUUCUCUCAACACUAUUGAAUCUGAAAAAUGUUUCAGUAUGAACCACAAUUUAAACUAUAUAGGUUUGGGGGGCUCUUCGGGGUAAAAGGAGAAGAAUCCUCUCUGGAGGAAGCCUGGUUUUCCUUUCUGGCCCUCCAUGAUUAACUGAGAGCUGAAUGCUGCUGGACAGUCCCUUUCUGUUAGUGCUCUGUAGCCGGAAGAGAGUUAAUGAAACUCUGAGAACUGAUUGGAGGGUGUUUGAUGGUUUAGUUUUUAACAGACAGAGGAACAUGGAUCAGUGUGUGUCACCCUCAGGAAUGUAUCCACAGUGGCCUUGCCGGCGGCAAUGUCUCCUGACCACAGGGUACAGGUACCGUUAAUGAAGGGUCUGCAACAUAAAGCCUUAAAGACACACACACACACACAGGAGAAAGUUGUAAAACUUUGAACAUUUGUUAUUUAUAUUUUUAAAAAUGAAAACGAUCACUAUGUUUGUGUGCUAACCGCUUACUUGAUUCUAUUUUGUGGUGGACGUAGAUGAUUAUGUUUUGAGCUUUGUAUUUUGUGAAAACCUAAAUGAAGAAUUCCAAAGAGAA